ACUCGAAAGACCUACCACGCCCGUCAUGUCGUUCGUGCGCUCUCUGCUUGGAGGGCUGCCUGGAAGGGUCAACUCGGUCUCAUUUAAAAAGGCCGCCGUUACCCUCUCCCAAAACACGUCUCGCCAAACCCUGUCUCUCGCACCGAUAAACCUCUGCCAACGUUUUCAGUCUACGAAUGCACAAGCUGUUGCUACUGUAACUAAUGACGAAGAAGCCGAUCCCAAGGAUAUUGCACGUCUUCGCAUGCUCCGUAAUAUUGGUAUUUCUGCACAUAUUGACUCUGGUAAAACCACCUGUACCGAACGUAUUCUUUUCUAUACCGGCCGCAUCAAGGAAAUCCACGAUGUCCGUGGUCGUGACGGUGUAGGUGCAAAGAUGGACUCUAUGGAUCUCGAAAGAGAAAAAGGCAUUACGAUUCAGUCUGCCGCCACUUAUGCUAGCUGGGGCGACUACAACAUUAACAUUAUCGAUACUCCUGGUCACGUUGAUUUUACCAUUGAAGUCGAGCGCGCUCUUCGUGUGCUUGAUGGUGCUGUCAUGAUUCUUUGCUCUGUCUCAGGCGUCCAGUCUCAAACCAUGACUGUCGAUCGUCAAAUGCGUCGUUACAAUGUUCCCCGUAUCUCAUUCAUCAACAAGAUGGACAGAGCCGGUGCUAACCCUUUCCGUGUCAUUGAUCAACUGCGAAACAAACUCAAAUUGACUGCUGCUGCUACUCAGAUCCCUAUUGGUGCCGAGGACCAGUUCCGUGGUGUCGUUGAUUUGACUACUUGGAAGGCUUAUUACAAUGAGGGCGAAUAUGGUGAAUCCCUCGCUGUAAAGGAUAUCCCUGCCGAAUUGAUGGACUUUGCUACCGAGAAGCGACAAGAACUGAUUGAACAAUUGGCUAAUGUCGAUGACGAAAUUGCUGAUAUCUACCUUAUGGAAGAAAUUCCUACUGCCGAACAAUUCACCAACGCUAUCCGCCGUGCCACGCUUGAUCUCAAAUUCACUCCCGUCUUGAUGGGCUCUGCCUUUAAGAACCAGGGUGUACAGCCCAUGUUGGACGCUGUCAUCAACUACCUGCCCGAUCCUACCCAGGUCACGAACACUGCUCUCGAUAUCGCUCAGGAGGAGAAGCCUGUUGAUUUGGUCCCUUACUCCGCUAAUCCUUUUGUCGGUCUGGCUUUCAAGCUCGAAGAAGGUCGUUAUGGUCAAUUGACCUACAUGCGUAUUUACCAAGGUACCUUGAAGCGUGGUGGUUUUAUCACCAACGUCAAGACUGGCAAGAAGAUCAAGGUCCCUCGUUUGGUGCGUAUGCAUGCUUCAGAUAUGGAAGAUGUUGAUGAGCUUGGUGCUGGUGAAAUCGGUGCCAUGUUCGGUGUUGACUGUGCUAGUGGUGAUACCUUCACUGAUGGUGCUUUGAAGUACACUAUGACCUCGAUGUACGUUCCUGAACCCGUAAUUUCGCUUUCGAUUAGCCCCAACGGCCGUGAAUCGCCCAACUUCUCCAAGGCUUUGAACCGUUUCCAGAAAGAAGAUCCUACCUUCCGCGUCCAUGUUGAUAAGGAAAGCAAGGAAACCAUCAUUUCGGGUAUGGGUGAAUUACAUUUGCAGAUUUACGUCGAACGUAUGCGCCGUGAAUACAACGUUGACUGCGUCACUGGCAAGCCCCGUGUCGCUUUCCGUGAAACUAUUACUCAAGCUGCCAAGUUCAACUACACCCACAAGAAGCAAUCUGGUGGCGCUGGUCAAUUCGGUCGCGUUGUUGGUAACCUUGAGCCUAUGCAAAUUGAUGAAGAUACCGGCAAGGAUAUUGCCUUUGAAAACCGUGUCAUUGGUGGCAACAUCCCUACCAACUUUAUUCCUGCUUGUGAGAAGGGUUUCAUGGAUGGUUUAGAGAAGGGUCCUCUUAUCGGCCACCCCGUCAACGGUGUUCGUAUGGUUUUGGAAGAUGGUGCUGCUCACGCCGUCGAUUCCAGCGAAAUGGCUUUCCGUAUCGCCACCAAGAACGCUUUCCAAGAGGCAUUUGCCAAGGGUCGCCCCACUAUUUUGGAACCCAUCAUGAACGUCUCGAUUACUGCUCCCGUUGAAUUCCAGGGAACCGUUAUUGGUGGUCUGAACAAGCGCAAGGGCACCAUCGCCGACACCGAUAUCCAAGAAGACUUCUUCACUGUCACUGCUGACGUUCCUUUGAACGACAUGUUUGGCUACUCGACCGAACUUCGUUCGGCUACUCAAGGCAAGGGCGAAUUCUCCAUGGAAUACAAGGAACAUCAGCCCGUCCAGACUUUUGUCCAGGAACAGUUGAUCCAGGAGUACAAGAAGAAGGAAGCUGCCAAGAAAUAAAUAGAUUCGUAUAUAAAUUUUUCAUUCAUGUGUAGAUAGAACUUAUUAAACGUAAGGAAAAAAAGUAGUUUACUAUUACCCCUCUCCAUUAUCAUUCUUUUGACCAUUUUCUACUAAAUAUUCUCGACUCGAUCAUUCAGUAGACGGCUUAUUAUUAUAGUUGACGCUCUGCAAGGAUGUGUCAAUGGGAGGGUAUUGUCGG